ACUUGGAUUACAGAAAGGAAAACAAAAUAUUGCUUUUUUUUUUUCUAUCACCAUUGUGGGGAGAAGAAAUACUUUCCAAUGAUCUUAGGUUUCGCAGAUAUAUAUAUCUAAAACAAAAGAUCGCCAUAAAAGUAUUUAAAAGACUGUUGUAUAAUAAGCGUAGUGGUUUUAUAUUUCUGGGCUUUGCUGGAAUCGUAAGACAGGUUCUUCUAUUCAAGACACACUACUACUCAUCAUCUUAAUACAAGCGCAGUACAUAUUAUCUGGUUUGGUUACGGUGUUAGGUCAAAGCAAUAGACAAAAUAUAUCAAUCAGCAAAAGACCAGUAUUUAUUUAGGUAUACCCAACUUUCUUUUUAAAGAAAUUGAACCUUAUCAAAGAACUUUAAAUAAAUGCUAAUAAACAAAGUAAAGAAGAUAAUGCUGGCGAGAAAUUCCAUACUAAUCACUGUAAAUCUCUUGGAUAACAUGGAGAACACUUUGACAUGUGACACCGGUUUACUAAACCCACAACAUUUCAUUCCAACAACGAGAAAAUGUCUACAACAGGUAUAGAGGUACGACGUCCGUAUCCUAGUGUUGCUACCAUAUGGGUAGCCGAACUUUUAGCUGCAGCAAACAAGAAAGUGGAUGAUGUAGAAAACAGAAAAACUUACGAAAGUAUUAAUAAAAUGUUUGGUAAAAGUCCUUCAAACCACGAAGCAGUGCCAAUGAGCCUUGAAGACAAAUUUACCCACAAAAUAAUUAAACAUAAAAGAAAACUUGAACAAAAGGAAAAAGAAGUUGAAAAUGCUGCUAAAAAAAGAAAGAAAAAAGCUGAUACUAUUUCAAAUAGUCUCAGCAAAACAGAAUUAAUUGCCAAGAAGAAAAAGACACCAAAUAUUGUUAAUGGAACUAAGUCAAAGAGCGAGACAAAUUCAGUGAAUACAGUGGAGAACAUCAAGUUGAGACUUGAGAAAGAUACUUUAUCACGGUCAGCAAGAAAAAAGCUUCGACGGAAAUUAAAAGGAUUACUGAAUAAAAGCAAUGACUCUACCCAAUGCAGUGAGGAAGGAGAAAGGAAAAAUAAAACUUCAAAUAACUUAAUCAUGGAAAAAGUAAAAGAAACUAUAAAUAAUUAUCAUAAAGCUGCUUCCUCAACUCCGAAAAUGAAUGGACAUCAUAUUGAAGUAGAUAAGACUACAAACACAGUUAACAAAAACGGCAGAUCUAAUAUAUACAUUCAUAAUAAAAAGCAAAAUUGCUCGCAAACACAGACAAAAGAAGAGGCUUCAGCUGUUAUAUUAAAAAAGAAAAAAAAGAAGCGAAGUAAACAGAAAAAUCUUAAGAAAGACAACAGACCAGAUCAUUUGAAACCUUUCACCAACCAAGUCAAAAGUCUCAAUCAAAAAGUUUGAAAACUAUAAAUUGUAUUAUAUUUUUAAUAAAAAAUAAAAUAUUUUUAAAUAAUCUGAA